GGGCGCCAGAAGCGACGGGCAUGCUGCGACGUCAUCUUGCUGCGCGAAGCGAGCGGUUGUUGACAGGCCGUGGAGGCGGCCGGAGGGGAGUUGUUGCGGUGUGUUCUAUCAUGCCUGACUGGGCGAGCUGUCCUGGGCCGAGGCCUCUGGGCUGGGGAUGAAAGAAGCUGAUCAGAUGCAGAGUCUGGAGGGCUCGGGGGCCGGGCGGUCAGUCGGCACGCAGACUGGCAGCAUGACGGGUCAAGUACCAAGGCUUUCUAAAGUCAACCUUUUCACUCUGCUCAGUCUCUGGAUGGAGCUCUUCCCAGGAGUAGAAGCCCAAGGGCAGAAGUCUCAGAAAAAUGAAGAGGAAAACCGUGGCCCCUUAGGAGAUAAUGAAGAGUUGGCCAGAGUGUCUUCUGACAAAAAACAGGUGAAGAAAACUGGUCUUGUGGUGGUGAAAAACAUGAAAAUCAUUGGUCUUCACUGCUCCAGUGAAGACCUGCACACUGGGCAGAUUGCUCUCAUUAAACACGGGUCCAGGCUGAAAAACUGUGAUCUUUAUUUUUCAAGAAAACCGUGUUCUGCUUGUUUGAAAAUGAUUGUGAAUGCUGGAGUUAACCGAAUUUCUUACUGGCCUUCUGACCCAGAAAUAAGUUUGCUCACCGAAGCUUCUAGUUCUGAAGAUGCAAAGCUAGAUGCCAAAGCAGCAGAAAGAUUGAAGUCAAACAGCCGGGCCCAUGUGUGUGUCCUGCUCCAGCCAUUGGUGUGCUACAUGGUGCAGUUUGUAGAGGAAACCUCUUACAAAUGUGACUUUAUUCAAAAAACUGCCAGAGCACUGCCGGGUGCUGACACUGAUUUUUAUUCUGAAUGUAAACAAGAAAGAAUAAAAGAAUAUGAAAUGUUAUUUUUGGUUUCAAAUGAAGAAAUGCAUAAGCAGAUACUAAUGACUAUAGGUCUGGAGAACUUGUGUGAAAACCCCUAUUUUAGCAAUCUAAGGCAAAACAUGAAAGACCUGAUCCUGCUUCUGGCCACAGUAGCUUCCAGUGUGCCCAACUUGAAACACUUCGGAUUCUACUGUAGCAACCCAGAACAGAUCAAUGAAAUUCACAAUCAAAGUUUGCCACAGGAAGUUGCACGGCACUGCAUGGUGCAGGCCAGGUUAUUGGCAUAUCGAACUGAGGAUCAUAAAACAGGAGUUGGAGCUGUCAUUUGGGCAGAAGGGAAAUCUAGAAGCUGUGACGGAACUGGAGCUAUGUACUUCAUAGGAUGUGGUUACAACGCCUUCCCCGUGGGCUCUGAGUACGCUGACUUCCCCCACAUGGACGACAAGCACAAGGACAGAGAGAUUCGCAAGUUCAGAUACAUCAUACAUGCCGAGCAGAAUGCUUUGACGUUCAGGUGUCAAGAUAUAAAGCCAGAAGAACGCAGUAUGAUUUUUGUGACAAAAUGCCCUUGUGAUGAAUGUGUGCCUUUAAUUAAAGGUGCAGGCAUAAAGCAGAUCUAUGCUGGGGAUGUAGAUGUUGGAAAAAAGAAAGCAGACAUCUCCUAUAUGAAGUUUGGGGAGCUUGAGGGCGUUCGCAAAUUUACCUGGCAGUUGAACCCAUCUGAAGCUUACAGUCUUGAUCCAAAUGAGCCUGAAAGGAGAGAAAACGGUGUAUUGAGGCGCAGGUCCACAAAGGAAGAACAGCGCAGCAGCAAGAGGCCACGUCUGGAAACCCGCUCUGCAGGCCGGGCUACACUGCAGUAACCUGUGUGCUUUCUUACCCCACCUCUCAAAUUCAGCCUGUGGGUUUGGGAAUGACUGAAAAGCUUUUUACGGGGCUGAAUUCUAGUUAGCCUAUGAGUGAUCUUACCAAGGACCUUUUUAUUUUAGAUGUGUUUCUCAGCACGCAGUGUGUUCUUUCAUUACAUUAAAUGGUGUAGCAAUAGUUUGAGACCAAUAUAAGACCAACAGGACCUAUUGCUGUUUAUCCAGACUCUGUGCAGCCAGUUUCAAAAGGGCUCAUUCACAGGAGGGGAUCUUCUUUUGACAAACAGUAAUUCCUUUGGAUUACAAGGAUACUAAUCAGUAAACUGCUGCAGGGAAAAAAAUGACAUGGCCAUCUUUCAAGGCUCCAUGUAUAGCUAACCAAAAGGCUGCAUUGUACUAAGUCCUGCUAGCCAGAGCUUGCUGAAAUCAGAUCGGCUCCAAGUUGCUGUGCCCAUUCUUCAUUUGAAGUGUGUUUUAUGAGUGGCCUAGACAUUUAGAUCAGCGGAGCCAUGCCGUGGCAGCAUGUGCCAGGUCCUGAAUUUCCUCCUGAGCACCACAAACAAAUAAAAUGUCAACCUCACCUAAA